UUAUGCCACUUUCGAGCAGGUUUUAGUUUGAAGUGUGGUGAGGGUGUAUUAAUGGCUAAAUGUGAUGUGGAAGCAGCAUUUAGGCUUUUGCCAGGGCAUCCAAAUAGUUUUAGUUCAUUAGGUUUUCAAUUUCAAGAAAAAAUUCAUUUUGAUCGCUGUUUGCCUAUGGGAUGUGCAUUAUCCUGUUUAUAUUUUGAGUCAUUCUCUACAUUUCUUGAGUGGAUAUUGAGGUAUGAAACAGGCUUAAAUCUAUCAAUGCAUUAUUUAGAUGAUUUUUUAUUUGUGGGUCCAUCUGGUUCUGAUGUAUUCAGUUUCCUAUUGUCUACAUGUUGUGCAAUCUGUAGAUUUAUUGGUGUCCCACGGUGCAAAGAAAAAACAAUGAUCCCAGUAACCCAGCUGGAAUUUUUGGGUAUAACUAUAGAUUCUGAAGCUAUGGUGUUCAAACUGCCGAAAGAGAAGUUAGACAAGUUAAAGGAUUUGGUGUUUGCAAUUUUGUCAAAAAAGUCAGUUACAUUAAAAGAACUUCAAUCAUUGUUGGGUAUGUUUGCAACACGAAUAAUGCCUAUGGGCAGAAUUUUAACAGGAGGUUAUCAGCAUUGACAGUAGGAGUAAAAUCUCCUUGGUGCCAUAUAAAGUUGUCAAGAGAGGCAAGAGAAGACUUGAUGGUGUGGCAGCAAUUGUUACAAGUGUAUAAUGGAAGGUCUGUUUGGCAACAGCUAGUGAUUUACAAAUAUAUACAGACGCGGCAGGAUCAGAAGGCUUUGGAGCUUACUGGUCAUUGGUGCACUGGGAGCUGGCCAGAAACGUGGAAGGAGAAUGGUUUAACAAAAAAUAUGGUUUUAUUGGAGCUAUUUCCAUUAGUGGUGACCAUAGUAGUAUGGGGUAAAUAUUUUGCCGGAAAAAGGUUAUUAUUUAAUUGUGAUAAUAUGGGUGUAGUUUUGUCAGUAAACAAUUUGUCUGCAAAGUCUAUGGAAGUGGUUCGACUUCUGAGACAUUUGGUUCUUUGUUGUUUAGUAAACAAUAUUUGGGUGAGAGCAAGGCAUAUACCAGGUACAAGAAAUGAAAUUGCCGAUGCUCUUUCUCGUUUUCAUUUUCAGCGAUUCCGGGAGUUGGCACCGGAUGCAGACCAAGAGGGUACGGAAUGUCCAGAGCAUUUGUGGGGAUUGAUUUUGCCAGAUUUUGCCAGAUUGAGUGAGACAUUGAGGAAUUCGGUUGCAGAAUCUACAUGGUGCUGUUAUGUUAAGAGUUGGAGCAGAUGGAGCAGGUUCUUGCUAGGCUUUGAGGAACCAGAUAACUUGCCUCAGGAACAGGUGGCUUGCAGCCCCUGGGACACACUCACUUUCAGCUUUGCCGUAAGUUUAUCUCGCCGGCAGACCCAGCCUGGCACUGAGGUUCCCAUCACUGAUCAGAGAGUCGCACUAACUGCCAGCUAUGAAACACAGGAUGAUGACAGUUCAGAGGAGGAAGAGACAGAGUCUGACAGUUCAGAGGAGGAAGAGGAGAAGGAAGAGGAAGAACACACCUAUGAGCAUGUGCUAUACAAGAAUAAGAAAUUAAGACUAAUACUGGAUGGAGAUAAAGUAAAAAAACACCAUUGGGCGGAUUCAAAGUGAAGCAAAGGGGGGAUGGGAAGUGACCAGAAGACCAAGCAUCCAACUAGCCGGAGUGUCCGUAGGUCUGUCCAGUACUGUUAAUUUGAUUGACAAGUUUGAUAGGCCGCUUAAUGUGUCUGUUACUGGUCCCUACGUGGAGGCCGGUUACUAUGAACACAGAGGGGAGAAUUCCCCCGGGAAGCGGAUCCCUAAGGCUGGAGCCAUGGUUGGAGCUGGUGAGGGUCAGUGCAGAAUGUGGAGUGCUUGAUUUUGAAGCCAAGGGCCCGAAUGUCUCGGCUGGAGUAGAAGCCAGUGCUACUGGAGCAAGUGUAAGAGCCAGAGCGGAGUUGGCUAGUGUUACUGCCUCUGUGGGCCCUCUCAAUGCCACCCUGGCCCUAGGGGUAGAUACAGGGGUGGAAGUGGGAGAGGAUGGGUUUGGGGUUCAGUUUUUGGGCACUGGCUUUAAAGUUGGACCGAGAUCAAUUGUUUCUCUCCUUGGCUGUAAACUUGAAUUUCCAUUGACCAGACCCAUUAUAACAAAUUCUGGAGGUCACUUACAGUAUAAAGGGCAGAAAUACCCCUUGUCAUUGCCACGAUGACCCGCACGCAAAAUAGUUGGAUUGGGGCAACUGGAACUUCAUUGAUUUUUGACUGUGUAAUUGGGGAAGACCAAUCCUAAGGGUGCAGCUCCAGAGAAUUCCCAGGGUUCCUGAUUCACACAAUGUGACAAUAGGACCUGACAUAGGAUAUUGGGGGGCUCAGUACCGUUCUGUACUGUUUCUGAAAUAAUGAAUCUCUUUCUCUCAUCACAUCUUCAGUCUCAUCAUCUGUUUCUCUUCAUUGUGUCUUCUUACAGGAGUUGGGUGUCCGAUGUUAAUUGACAGAUACAAUGUAUCUUUUAGGAGGGGCUCCCUUUUCUAGCAAAUAAGAAACAAAACGUAACCAAAUAAUUGACUUUGGCACCAGUCCUGCAUGUAGAGAGGGAAGUGUUUGUGCUGAUCAUAAAACACUGAGCUCGAACACAUCAUAAAUUGGACCCAACUGUCAUUCAAUAUCAUUGAAUCCCAACUCCUGCAUGAAGAGAGAAUAUAAAGAGAGACAGAAGCUGCAAUGGGGAGAGUGAAUAUUAAUCUAAUUGAUUCAGUGACGGGUCUGAAUGUUUAAUUGAUAUAUUUUGAAAUUGUCUUAUUUUAGUAUGAUGAAGUUCCCCCCCAAGUAAGUGAUUUUAUCACCUGACAGAUUGAAUAGUUGAAAUGAAGGUGACAUGUGAGAACAUGGUAUAUUUCUCCUUUAAUGUUUAUUCUUAUUUUCUCCUUCCUCAUCAGCAAAGUGGGUUUGUGUCCAGUAGCACUGACCUUGUCCCAGCGACCCCCUGUGUAGGACACUAAUGAUCCUCAGCCACUCACACUCAUCUCAUACCCAGAAUGCAACAUGAAGGGGCUCAGUGAAUGUGACAGUGAAGGUGUGUAAGUGUCUGAUUGGCUCACUCAGCUCAUAGAAGGACAGACGUCCGGCCUCAUAGUCCAAUGAGAUCCUGAUUCUCCUGCACAAGGGACUGCGGAGUAAACGAGUUACUUUACAUGUUUCACUGCAUAGUUAUACCCAUAUGUGGGAGACAAAUACAUUGAGAAAGAAAUCUCAUUUAUA